AAACUCUCAGGCUGGGAGUUUUUCAAAUCUAUUGGUUCUCCAAAAUAUAUCGUCGCUCCAAUGGUUGAUCAGUCUGAACUCGCAUGGAGAAUCCUGAGUCGUCGAUAUAAAGCUGAUCUAUGCUAUACUCCAAUGUUCAACGCCAAAUUGUUUGCACAGGAAGAGAAAUAUCGCAAUGAGCAUUGGCCAGGAUUGAAGGAUGGGCUUGGAGGGGGCGGACCAAAUGAUCGACCCCUCAUUACACAAUUUUGUGCGAAUGACCCAGAGUAUUUGUUGCAGGCUGCCUUACUUGUAGCUCCUUACUGCGAUGCUGUUGAUCUCAAUCUAGGAUGUCCUCAGCACAUUGCUCGGAGAGGACAUUACGGAUCAUUUUUGAUGGAAGAUUGGCCCUUGAUAGCAUCGUUGAUCUCAACUUUACAUAAGUAUCUACCUAUUCCUGUUACUGCCAAGAUCCGUGUUUAUCCUGAUGCCGAAAAAACUGUUCAAUAUGCCAAGAUGGUUGUGGAGGCUGGUGCACAGAUCUUGGUUGUCCAUGGACGACUCCGUGAGAUGAAGGGACACCUGACAGGAGUUGCUGAUUGGGAAAAAAUCCGUUUAGUGCAAGAAGCUGUGGGUCAUUUGGUCCCGGUGAUUGCCAACGGCAAUAUUCUCUAUCACGAAGACAUAGAGCGAUGCUUGAACGAAACAGGCUGUGCAGGCGUCAUGUCUGCAGAAGGAAGCCUCUAUAACCCUGCAAUUUUUAUGCCGGGCCACAUAAAAUCAUGGAGCUUGGCUGAGGAAUACCUUACUAUCUGUGAUGAACUCGAUACCAAAAUCGCCUAUAUUCGUGGACAUCUGUUUAAAAUCUUCCAACCAUCCCUUAGCAUUCACACCGAUCUCAGAACAGAACUUGGCUUGACUAAUUCAAGGGAAGCUAUGUGGGAAGUUGCCAGGAAGUUGAAAGAAAGGCUGAUAAAAGAUCAAGAGGACUCUGAACAGAGGGGUGAAUCGUUUGAAGGUCGCGUGAAUGAUAAGGGAUUCCCGAUUCUACCCCACUGGCUGGUACAGCCAUAUUUUAGACAGCCCAUGCCACCUCAGGAUAAGAAAAAGUCAAAAGAUAAG